ACCGCCUCCUGUUUUAUUAUGUGAGGCCGCGAUACACAUCGCAUCGCGCUGCCUUUUAGAUCUCACAAGAAAGCAAAUUAAAGACGACCCACCCAUCCACCGACGCAUCGUUCUUCUUUCUUGUUAUUGGGGGAGACACAGCACAACCUCGGCCUUCGUCCCUAUAAAUACAUCCACCCCUCCAACUCCCCUCCCCCUUCGCCUAUCCUUGCCGCCCCCUUUGUGCCGAUCGGCGAUCUUGCUCUGUGCUUUGUGUCGUGGAAGGAGGAUGGCCACAGCCAGGGCGAGCUCCGGCCUCGCUUACCCCGAGAGAUUCUACGCGGCCGCCUCCUACGCCGGUUUCGGCGGGUCUCCCGACUCCUCCGCCCCUGCAGGCGGCGUUUCUAGGUUUCAGAACGACGUCACUCUCUUGCUCUACGCUCUGUACCAGCAGGCAACUGUUGGAGCUUGCACUGUUCCAAAACCUAGAGCCUGGAAUCCCGUGGAGCAGAGCAAAUGGACAAGUUGGCAUGGACUUGGAAACAUGGCUUCGACAGAAGCAAUGCGUCUCUUUGUGAAAAUUUUGGAGGAGGAGGAUCCUGCUUGGUAUUCCAAGGCUCCUGAAUUGACAGCAGAACCUAUUAUUAAUGUUGAAACACUUAAAACAGAACUGGAGCCAGCUGCUGCAUCAGCUUCAGGAAAUGGAGAUUCCUUACCCAAGACUAAAACUGUUUCCGCAGAAAAUGGUCUUCUGUUGGAGACACAGGACAAGGAUGUAAUAACAGAGGGUAUUGGCUCAGUUGGUAUUUAUGACCAAUGGGUUGCACCUUCAGUAUCUGGACAACGCCCUAAGCCUCGUUAUGCGCAUGGAGCAGCUGUUCUGCGAGGAAAAAUGUAUAUUUUUGGUGGAAAUCACAAUGGCCGUUACCUUAAUGAUAUCCAGGUUCUGGACCUGAAAAAUUUGACAUGGUCAAGGAUAGAAGCCAGAGAAUUAUCAGGGUCCUUGGAUUCUUCAGCCAUUGCUUCGGUUUCUCCCUGUGCUGGCCAUUCCCUGAUUCCCUGGGGAAACAAAAUUUUAUCUAUUGCUGGGCACACAAAGGAUCCAUCUGAGAUGAUUUCAGUGAAGGAAUUUGAUCCGCAAACCUGUCUAUGGUCGAAUUUAAAGACAUAUGGGAAAUCACCGAUUUCCCGUGGAGGCCAAUCAGUUACACUUGUUGGAAACACAUUAGUUAUGUUUGGUGGUGAAGAUGCUAAGAGAUCUCUUCUGAAUGACUUGCACAUACUUGACUUGGAAACUAUGACUUGGGAUGAUAUUGAUGCUAUAGGCAUACCUCCUUCUCCAAGAUCUGAUCAUGCUGCUGCUUGCCAUGCUGACCAGUAUCUUUUGAUUUUUGGUGGUGGGUCUCAUGCCACAUGCUUUAAUGAUCUGCAUGUUCUUGAUUUGCAGACUAUGGAAUGGUCAAAACCAAAGCAGCAGGGUGUAAAUCCAGGCCCACGAGCUGGCCAUGCAGGCAUAACAGUUGGGGACAACUGGUUCAUUGCUGGUGGUGGUAAUAAUAAGAAUGGUGUCUCUGAAACUCUUGUCCUGAACAUGGCCACAUUAGUCUGGUCAGUUGUUAUGACAGUUCAAGGGCGUGUGCCUCUUGCUAGUGAGGGACUCAGCUUGGUGACAAGCACCCACAAGGGAGAAGAUUUUCUUGUUUCAUUUGGAGGUUAUAAUGGGCGUUAUAGCAAUGAGGUUUAUGUCCUCAAGCCAAGCCAUGUAUCAGAUUUACAGUCAAGGAUAAUAGAUGGUCCUGUGUCAGACACUAUUGCUGCAAUGCUUCCUACAACAGAUGCUAGUAGGGAUAUGGAACCUGAGAUUGAACCAGCUCAAGAUAAAAAGAUUAAAGAAAUUGUGAUGGAGAAUGGUGAUUCAGAGCCUCUGAAUAUCAGAAAUGAGGUUACAAUAAGACUUGUGGAAGCCCUGAAGGCAGAGAAAGGGGAGUUAGAAGGAACACUUAACAAGGAACAAUUACAAAUGCUCCAACUUAAGCAAGAGUUCAAUGAUACUGAGUCGAGGAAUAUUGAACUAACAAAGGAACUUCAGUCAGUUCGUGGUCAGCUUGCUGCUGAACAGUCCAGGUGUUUUAAACUUGAGGUGGACAUUGUGGAGCUACGACAGAAGUUACAAGCAAUGGAAACGUUAGAGAAGGAAGUGGAGCUGCUUCGGAGGCAGAAGGCUACUUCGGAACAGGCAGCUUUGAGCACUCAUCAGAGGCAGAGUUCUGGUGGGGUGUGGGGUUGGCUUGCUGGGAGCGCACCCGACCAGUCUGGCCCUUAAUGGGCUUUGAGCGGCUCAGUGGACCAGUGUUGAGGUAAUUACAAUAAUUGAUGAAAUUUUAGUGUAAUUCUCAUGCUUGGGCAAGUGCCUUUCCAAGGUCCGGUAUAUACAUUUUCCUGCAUUCCCUUUUAUUUUGUUUACUUUUUUUGCACCAGAUACGAGUGUUUAUUUUAUUUUAUUUUUUGAACUCAAGUAGUUCGAAUAUGGUGAACUAAUUAGUUAGUACCGCAGGAGGUGUGGAAUGGUGGAUUUAGUUGAAGUGAGUUUUAGAUUUUGUUUUUGGCU